UUGUAUUAAGCAGUACGAUCAAAAGAAACGACUCUACCGACCAGUCAGAUGGUUAUGUCUUUCAAGUUCGCCGAGAGUCAAAACAGUUUCCGUGAACACAAGUUGCUCUCUCGUUAGUCGUUAGCUUCCCGUCUUCUCCCUAGUCUAAAAGUCUCUUUCUACCGCUGAAAAAAAAAGGUGUCUCUUCAUCUUUUAUUAGAAUAAACUUUUUUUUAAAAUCAAAUCUUUAUCUGUAUCUUUCUAGCUUGUUCUUUUCUUCUGCUCCUGCUGCUUAUACGAAUUCAAGAGAUCAAACUUCUCAGUUAACUGUGGAGCUAACUGAUCAGCUGUUGGUAGGUAUGUGAAGAAUACUCCAAAUUCAAUGGUUUCAUGUUCCCAGUUUAUGAAAGCCUUGUCCUUGUUGCGUCUUAAGUCGGUUAAUUAACAUGGUUUGUACCUCUUCCUGUAGUGAGUAAAACUUUAUGGAUGACAGUCUUGGGAAGAUAAAGGUGAUUCCAGAUCAUUUUCAAGUCUCAACUCCCAGUGCUGACUCUCUUCAAAUCAGAAGCUCACCUGUUUCACAGCCAAGUAUUGAUAAUUCUUCAAGGUCCUGUAGCAGUUUAUGGUCUCGGAAAAAAUUGAGAAGUGCUGCGUUAAUGUUGAAUCUGUUCAGUUUACGUGGAUUGCCAUGGAGUUCUGGUGCUGGUCAGGAAAAGGUUCAGUUGACUGCUGCAGAGUUGGAAUCACUUAGAUCAGAACUUGCGGAUAUAGAAGAGAGAGAAGCUCACUUGAAAGCUAGGUUGGAACAUAUUGAUGAAAUUUUGCGGUCAGCUCGUCUUACCGGCUAUUUGUACAUCCGAACGAGGUGGACUGCUUUACCUGGAGAACCUGCUCCUAUUGAUGAUGCCGAAGUUGAAGACUGGCUUCCUCGAUUUGUUGUUCUUCACGGCCAAUGUAUAUUCUUCUAUUUAUUCUCCACAGAUUUGAGCCCUCAGGAUUCCACCCUGCUCUCUGAUGUUGUUGAAGUAGGUUCUCUGCCCAGCUUUAUAAGAGAAGAUGAAGGGACGCAACAUUCCUUUUAUAUCUUAACUCGUCAAGGACUGCGCUAUGAGUGUUCACAUGUUUCUAAAAUACAGGUGGACACCUGGUUAUCAGCUUUGCAGACAGACUGCAAGCUGGGUUCUGAUCUCAAAGUUCCCAAUGGUUCAAGUGAAAAGUAAAAUCAUUUACAGAUUUUUUUUUUAACAGUUGCUUGUAUAUAGAUCAAAUUAACUAACGAUUCUUUUCUUCAUGUACAUAUGAUGGUAUUUUCAAUAAAUCAGCAUUGGAAGCUGUUAGCUAUUCAAAACUAUUUCAA